AUCAUUAAUAACUUCUCUGUUUUAUUUCCUCGAAUAUUAGCUAAACCAAGAACAUUUCUAAGAAACAGGAAAGUAGAAAAAUUUGGGAGCCAAAAGCUUGAAUUGUCAACUUCCUUUUAAUGGCAUGUGUUUUAUAAUUGUACCUCCCAGAAAUAGAGAAAGAAAGUAGAAUGAUUACAACAGAAGGAUUAUCCUAUCUGAUAUGAAUUACUUAGAAAUCGGACAAAAUGAUAGCUAGGUGGCGCCAGGCCAUUCCUGUCAAUCAUGUACUGAUUUGCUUUCAUGUCACCCGCGAUUAUCUGCAACCCAUUGCUUUUUAUCUCCUCCUUUAAGCUCCCCUAUCUUCGGUAUAAUAUAGCCAAGAUACAGCUUGAAGAGAGACAGGACAGUAAGGCAAAGGCUAAGGACACAACACAAACGAGAAAUAUCACAAUCGGUGCACAAGUGUUAAGGUUUCUUGCUCUUCAUCUUUGAGGGGGGAAAAGAAUAUGGCAGCCUUUGCAGGAACCCAGCAAAAAUGUAUGGCUUGUGACAAGACAGUGUAUCUUGUUGAUAAGUUAACGGCUGAUAACAGGAUUUAUCACAAGGCCUGCUUUAGAUGCCACCAUUGCAGGGGUACCCUUAAGCUAAGCAACUACAGUUCUUUUGAAGGGGUUCUGUACUGCAGACCUCACUAUGACCAACUCUUCAAGAGAACUGGCAGUCUAGACAAGAGUUUCGAAGGAACACCAAAAAUUGUGAAACCAGAAAAACCUGUUGAUAAUGAGAACGCAAGCAAAGUCUCGAAUUUGUUUGCUGGCACCAGAGAAAAAUGUGUUGGGUGCAACAAGACUGUCUAUCCUAUCGAGAAGGUUACAGUAAAUGGGACUCCAUACCAUCGGAGCUGUUUUAAGUGUACCCAUGGAGGUUGUACUAUUAGCCCAUCCAACUACAUUGCACAUGAGGGAAAACUCUACUGCAAGCAUCACCAUAUCCAACUUUUCAAGGAGAAAGGGAACUACAGCCAGCUUGAGAAUGAACGCGAGAAAAAUCCAGUCACUGUGAAUAUCACCGCUGUGGAAAUUGCCGCUGAAUCAUAAUCAACUAAAGACUACUUGUCCCCGUCUCUAGCCCUUUUCAGUCCUUCCUACCGUAAAUGGCAUCGCAGGCUCUUCAUGGAUUUUCUUCUCUUCUAUAUGUCAAGGAUUGGUUUUCGCUUGCAAGAUUGGAUGUGUUAGUGUCCCAUGGCUGUAAUUUUGUGGGAACUCUGAGUGUGAUGUGUCAGUUGAAAUUUCUGCCAAGAUUGAGUAACCUGAGAUACUACGUGGCACAGUUUGUAUCCUCUGUUUCCUCAAAAUACGUAAAGAUUUCGGUAUCCUGAAUGAUUA